AUGCCAAAGGUGAAAAAGGUGUUGAAGAAAGAAGCCCAGCGAAGGGUCCAGCUUUUAGAUCGUAAGAUGCCUUUUCAAGAGUCCCCUACUUUGAAGCAGCCUAGAUCUAUGAAGGAUCGGCAGCAAGCAUGGGUCCUAGCUGGUUUGAAGCACAUUCGGGUACUGGCCACUCUCGUGUCCAUGAUGUUUUCCAUUCCCCACCUGAAUUGGGACCAGCCGAUCGACCAUUUUGAGACAUUCGCGGGAUGCAUGGAGGAGAACCGCCGAGCAGUUCCAUUUGAUAUCAACUUCAACUCCAAGACUAUGGACUUGCUGAGUAUGGGAUCGACAUUGCGAACUCGCGACAACCCGCUGGGUCGCUUGGAUUCAGAGGCGGUGAAAAAUGGAAAUCUCCUUUGCAGUCGGGCGCUAGUUCUGAUGCUGCUAUGUGCAGCCAAAGGAAUCUUUUGGUGCUUAGAGCAACCAGGCCACAGGUGUAUCUCACAGAUCAUGGACCACGUGGUACCAGAGCGCUUAAAGGAUCGAGAGAUGGUGGUGCGGUAUGUGAGCCGGGCAGGGCAGUCCAGGUUUGGCCGUGCCCUUUCCAUGGUGCGGUCAGCCAACAUGAAGAAGAACAAGCGUUUGGCUCUUGAGUUCAUGCGAAGAGCCAUGCCGCGCCUCUUCUUGAAGAGAUUCUGCGAUGAUAGCUUUGGCCUGCCCAGCGUCUUUGCAGCCAAGAAUUCAGGGUCUUCUGCUUCGAGUAAGCCCCAUGUCAUACAGCCAAAGUUGAAGCAGAACCAAAAGAAGAAACAGCUUGGAGCAGACUUGAAGAACCUACGUGCCCCAAGUAGGAAGAGGAGCCGAGAGGACACCGACACCAGUUCCAAGGCUUCAUCCAAGAAGCCAAAAGUUGAAGAGAAAAAGGAGAAAGGAAAGGAAAGUUCCAAGGCUAAGGAAAAGAAGGAUUCAAAAGACAAGAAGAAGAAGGAGAAGAAGGAUCAGAAGGAUCAGAAGGAGGGCUCCAAGACGAAAGAUGAGAAGAAGAAGGAACCGAAGGAGAAGUCUCAGACACUCAAGACGAAAGAUGAGAAGAAGGAACCGAAGGAGGAGCCAAAGACCCUCAAGACGAAAGAUGAGAAGAAGAAGGAACCGAAGGAGGAGCCGAAGACCCUCAAGACGAAAGAUGAGAAGAAGAAGGAACCGAAGGAGGAGCCGAAGACCCUCAAAACGAAAGAUGAGAAGAAGAAACAACAGAAGGAGAAGCCUGAGACACUCAAGACGAAUGAGAAGAUGAAAUCCAAGGAGAAGGAGAAGGAAGAGGAACAAAAGGGAAAGAAGGGACAGCAUGAGAGAGCAAAGGAGAAGAAAGAGAAGGACCCGACCGAAAAGACAGGUGGAGAUGAGAAGGCAGUAGCCAAUAAGAAGGAAUCAAAGAAUGGUGCCAAAGAGAAGGGACAGGAUCGAAACAAGGACAAAGAGGAAACUGAGAAGAAGAAAAAGGAGGCACCGAUCAAGUUCAUUCCUGCACAAGCUCAGAAAAUUUCCCCAAUUUUUUCUCUGCCGUCCACACCACCCAGCAAGCAGAAAGCCGAAGCCAAACUGGCAGACCUUGCGGCGCAUCUAGCAGAGAUGGGCACAGACGAUGGUGAGGAUGAGUUGGAGCUGGACCUACUACAGAGUGGGAAGUUGGAGCAAGUCUCACUUUGUGAUGGAAAGGCCUCAGCAAAAGGAAGCAAUGGCGAAAGUACAGAUGAAGAGACAGAUGAAGAGGCAGAUGAAGAAAAGGAUGAAGAGAAGGAUGAGGAAGAUUCAGAAGACUCAGAAGGUGAAGGUGAACCGGAAAGCGGAGAAGAAGGUUCGGAAGAAGAAGAGGGAGACGAAGAAGAAGGCGGAGAUGAUGCAGAUUCAGAUGAAGAAUCGGAUGUGGAGGUGGUGGACCAGGGCCCACCAGGUGAGAUUGAUGAUGUGGAUCCAUCCACUUCUGAGUCUGAUGAUGGGUCUGAUGAAGAGAGCAACGGAGACGCAGAGACAGAAGGUGGAGUGGAGAAGGAUGAGGAUGAUGAGAAGGAGAAGCCAGAGAAGGAGGAAACAAACACAAAUCCACCCGAUGCUGCCAACCAACAUGCGUUGGUGGCUGUGACGGAGGGUACCAAUACCCAGGCAAUGGUUCUUCGCAACAGUACGACAAACAAAAGGGAGUGGGACUCGUACAUUCGUGCGGUCCAGAACAGAGGCAAAUUUCCUGUGGCCCUCUCCGAAGUGUUUCAAACGCAGAAGGUUGAGCUUUUCAACUGGUGGUUAGACUCGGGGAGGGACUGGGACAAGGUGCAGAUGAUUGUGAAAAGGGUUGCUGAGGGUCGCAAUACUUCGACGAAGGGGUGGCAUGCUGUCCAAGGCAAACAGCUGAGAACACAGCUCACCCAGGAGAAAUUCGACAAGCUGGUUGCAAGCCGCAUGCAAAGCGGCUUGUACUACCAAGAUGAAGACUUUCCGGAUGACACAGAUGAGACUUGGUUCUUCAUGCGAACUGGUCAGAAAUUUGAACGCCACGAUGAAACCAGGGAGAGCAUGGAAUUGGAGGCCAAGUCAAAGAUUGAUAACCAGCUUCGCAUGGCACUCACAGAUGAAGACUCCGGUAUUCUAAAGUCUGGCCUUCUCCCCAAAGUCGAUGCUGCUACUCCAGCUGGUUCAAAGGCGCUCCUUGCUUCGAUCAGCCAGGUGGCAACUGCGAAGCCCAAGCCGAAACCCAGCAAAGAAAAGACUCAGAAAGCAACCCCGAAAACAGUCAAAGAAAUGGCUGAGGAACACAUGGCAGAGAUGUUGAAGAAUGCAGGGAAUGCUCGAGGCCAGAGCAUCAAGCUUAGCAACUGUCCAUAUGGAAAGGCUCUUGCAAAGGAGCUUCUGGUCUGGGCAGAAAGCGUCGAAACCCUGUUCAAGGAAAUGCAGCAGGCCAUUGACUUAAAGGACAUGGGCCUGCUUCAGUCUCUCUUUCUUCAAGCGAAGGAGAAAGAAGAGGAAGGAGAGAAAGCAAAGGCCGCUGCAGUGGCUCUGUUGAAAAAGCCUGCCAAGAAGAAGGAUAAGGUCAAACCUCUUCGACCCAUUGCAGGCGAGCUUUUCAUGCAGACCUGGGCCAUGUUGAUGGAUCUGAAGCGUCAACGCUUGGAAGACCUCCCCAACUCCAGAACUGUUUCCAAGCUGACUGAGCUGGUCGGCAGAGGGAAGGUCAGUGUGGCCUCAGCGUGUGAAAUUGCGCAGGGCAUUGUCGCAGACCACAAGAUACCCCAUGGAGCCAUUAAGGCAUUUGGGUCCCUUGGAUGUGAGGGCAAACACCCCCAAAAUUGCGAACGAGAUCUUCACAGAUGGCUUCGAUCUCUGUAUGGGUUUCAGCUUCAGCCCUAUGUGCUACAUCUGGGACUUCAGAUUGAUUCCACCAGGGUUCGGGAUGUCGCCGUCCAUGUGCUAGCCCCUCAUGAAAUACUUCAUGCGAUAGCCACCAUGCAGUCGAACUUUGCAUUCGAUUCUUUGAUGCUAGGGAAUCUUUCCGAUGUUCAAAGGCAUGCCUUCUGGAAUCAUGUGAAAAACUUAGAACCUUGGGCUGACCACCCAGUGUUGGCAACAGCUGACUUCAACAGAUUGAUUGGGUUGACCAUCCACGGAGACGGUGCUGUGAUGAAACGGGAUGACGAAUGCUUCGUUUGGUCAGUUAGCUCAUGCUUCUCUACAGAAGGGCUGAUCAAAGACCCACUGCUGAUGAAAUUCCCGGUGGCAAUCAUCCCUGAACGCCAUAUGCUUAGCAAAGAUGUCCAAAAGGCCACCAAUCGUGAGAUUGCUAAGUUCAUCGCCUGGUCGAUGAAGUGGGCAAGCGCAGGUCUGGGGCCUGAAACAGGCUACUACAACGAGGAGUUUGGUAAGGUUCUGCGACACCUGCUUGGCGUCUCUUGGGAAGGGAACCCAUCCCGCUAUGAGCGGGAGAAAUUAUUCUCUUGCAGCAGCGUGGUGGUUGACCCGGUUAAAUCAUGA